AUGGCGAGUGGGUUGGAAGGCCCCGAUGAUCGCGCUUCCCGCCCCGCGAUACUACCAUCAAUCCCGCGCCUCGGAGUCGCGCCACGAUGUCAGCUGGUCCUCCGCGUUCGGCGGACUCUCGGCGAUCAGAACUUUCCCGACACGACAAGAUCCACGCGCCAACACCACCUCGCGCCGACGAUUGCGCCGAUUAACGGUUUCAGCCGCGGGCGGAAGCGGUCGCGCCGCUGGUUAGUCCGCGCCGCCGCCGGCCUGCGCUCGUCUAGUAACGUCACGCUCGCCGUCGCGCUCACGCGGUUCGUUUCAAGCAUGGACUUGGAGCGGGGAUGCGCCGCCGCCAGUAACUCGAUUUGCGGCGGCGGCGGCGGGGGCGGGCCCGCGGACGGAUUGAAGCCCUGCGGAGAAGGCUCUGGCGAGGCUGGCGCGGGGGAGGAUUGGCGGGAGGGCCGCGGAAGCGCAGGCGCAGGGGGCGCCAUGAGCAGCGGAGCGGGCGGGAGAAAGAGCAGGCGGAGGAGGAGCGGCGCGUUUAGCCGAGGCCGGCGCGGCGUGGUUGCUGCGGCCGGCGCACGACGAGGCGCGUUUGUUCUUGACUCGGAACAGGUGCACGUGGACGGGUGGAAGAAGAAGGAGAAAGAGAAAGAGAAAGAGACGGGGAAAGGGCGUGAUGACGGAAACGAGAAGGAUAAGGAGAAAGAGAAGAGCGGUGGUAUGACGAAGGAGUCGAAGGCGAAGGAGCAUGGUUCCGGCAGCGAGGAGAAUUCUUCGCUAGAGAAGCGCUUCGGGGAGUUGCUUUUCUGGAGAAGCGCGCCGAGCGCGCAACGGGGGGCCUCCGAUCGUGUACGCUUGGGGGAGCGCGCGUCGAGCCGAGUCAUCUGGACCGUACACGCUCCUCCACCAGCCGACGCGGCAGCGCCCUCCUUUUCGCCCUCCUUCUCGCUCUCCUUGUCGCCCUCCUCUUCCUCAUCUUCCUUUUCCUCGUCUUCGUUAUCUUCCCACUCGACACAGCAAGGCAGCGGGAAGAACAGCGGAGGCGGCGCGCUCUUCAACGAGUGGAAGGCGCGCUUUGAAGCGCUGCACCGGAGCAUGCGCGCGGAGGUGGGCGCGGAGCGCUUCCCCGAGCUCCCCGCGCCGUUCCCCCUGGACGUGUCCGCGCUGCUGCUGCCGCGCGUGUGGUCUGCCCACGGUUCAGCAGAAGCUGCACCAGGAACAUGGCCGCGCGCGGAGGAGACGCUUUUUGAGGCGCCUCAGAAAGAAGCUGCACGGGGGUCACGGCCGCGCGCGGAGGGGACGCCGCGGACGCAAGAGGCGGAGGAGGACGGGAAGAGCAGCGGCAGCAGCACUGUUUCGGUCCCUGGAGCAGCAGCAGGAGCAGGAGGAGCAGGAGGAGCAGGAGGAGCAGGAGGAGCAGGAGGGGCGGUGAUGGGAGGGGUGGUGCUGCUGAAUGUGCUGGCAGCGCUGUACGGGACGUGCAGUGUAGCGUCUAAGAUAGCGGACAGCCAGGCACAGGACAUGCCCGCAUCUCUCACUGCUGCCGUGCGCUUCAUUGCUGCUGCGGUGGCGUUUGCUCCUGUCCUUGCCUCCACUCAACUGGGGAGCAAAGAUGCAGCAAAGAAGGAAAGAGAGGCGGGAGACGAGAAGGCAAAAGUCGAAGAGAAGGCAGGCGGCGAGGAGGCAUGGUGGAGGGACGGGCUGAUCUGGGGAGGGGCGGAGCUGGCCGGGUGGAGCUUUCUCAGCUCUGUGCUGCUGGCACAUGCGAGCUCGGAUAGCAGCAGUGCCAGUGCUGUCAUGCUCUACAGCUUCUCGAUCCUCUUCCUGCCGCUCAUGCAUCUCUGCACCGGUCGCUCCCUCCCGCGCUCCGCGCUCCUAGCCGUGCUAGCUGCCCUCGUAGCCAUGGGCGUUCUCAACGAGCAGACCCUCGCAUCCGCCGCCUCUCCCCUCCCCAACCUCCCCGCUGCCUCCUCCUCCUCCCUCUCUUCUGCCUCCUCAGCAGUCGCCGGCGGGCUUAUCCCCUUUCCAUCCCUCCCUUCGCUCCCCGCGCUCCCCUCCAUCGAUCUGGCAACCGUGGCAAGUUCGCUCAUUGCCGGUUUGCAGAUCUUCCGCUCCGAGGCUCUCACCGCCCGCUUUGACCCGCUGCGCCUCUCAGCGGUGCAGGCAGGGUCCCUGGCGCUGCUGGGAGUAGCCUGGGAGGCAGUGCACAACGGCAGCAGCAGCAGAGGGAGUGGAAGAGCUGUUGGAGCAGCUGCAGCGGCUGCCAUGGCUGCCGUUGGUAUACGGUGGCGCUGUGGGUUCGGGCCUCUGCGCGUGGUUGGAGCUCUGUGGUUUGCGCAAGGUACCUGCUUCUGUUGCAAUGCUGGUUUAUACGACUAUUCCGCUUUGGGGAGCACUUUUUUCGUUCACUGCCCGCGGCGAGGUGCCCGGGUUUUCGACUGCCCUGGGAGGCGGGAUGAUUGUGCUGGUGAGCCUGGUGGCUAA